AUGGGAGACUCGGAGAACUCGGAUUUCGCGGGAUGGAAUCAAGUCUUCACCUCGAACCUGACCCUCCUAAACCAGAUCCAUAAAACGAUUUGGAAAGUGGAACACGGCCGCAAGGGUAUCCAAUGGUCAAGCAAUGCGGUAACCAAGAUAACGGGGGUGCAGAAAGAGGCCGGCACGUUCUCAGCAGGAUUCCCGAAAGACUACUUGUGGUAUACAGUGACCUUGCGCGAAGGUACCUUCGGGGAUGUCAAGAUCGACGAGUGGCACGUCCAGUUUCCGGUGUACUUUGCGAAAUAUCAGCUGUCUGACGAGGAGGUGGCAGCCCAUGCCGCCAUCCUUGAGGAUGGCGAGCUGACGGAUCUGAUUUCCUGGGGACUCACCAUCAAGCUCGCUCCGGCGUACCUGGAAUCCGACUGGAAUUGUCCCACGUUCGAUCCCACAGCGACCCAACCCCCAUCCCCCAGCGAGAUCGAACACCAGAAGGGGUGGGCCAAGGGUCAGGUAGCUUUCGACCUGGCCCGCUGGUUCUGGCCCAGCACCGAUCACACGCCUAGGGAUGCUGGUCCUCUAGGCUUGAUCUUGAAGCUCGUUCCGGACCACAAAGUGUCGGAUGAGCGCUAUCGUUUCGGACCUACGGGGUUCGACUGUCAAAUUGACCCUGAAAACGGGCUCCUUUUGCUGCAAAUCAUGACCCAGAACCGCCCAUUGCCCUCCACCACCCCGACCCUGAGCAGCCGGCCAGCGCUGAAGGACUACGCGGGUAAGCUGUGCGUCUCAAAAGAAGAAUUCUGGGACGGGUGGUUCCUGCAGAAAUACCGGCAGGUAGCCUAUGACACGCAGAUCUGGCCGAUCAUUCCCGAUCAGUGGGACAUUGGGUACAACCCUGAUCAUCCAGAUAUCGACAGCGAAUAUUACAAUUUUACUCGAGAUGUGUUUGGAUCAUAUCAGUGGGAGACUGCGCUGCCUGAGGGUCUGCCCUCCUACGAAGAGCACUACGUCGACCAGAAUCUGACCGUUCAAUUUGUGAAGGGGAACAUCCGACUCGGCGCAUUCAUUGGGGUUCGCCUGGAAGAUGGAGGGAAAUCUUACUCCUGGGUCUGGGACGCGUACUUCUGGGUGACCGAGAUGGACACUGAUGAUGGUGGCCUGCAAGUCAAGAUUGGGCCGGUGAUGUGGGCUCGCCACCCUGAGAACGACACCCCGGACUGGUGUAAGAAGAUAUAUGCGGCGAUGGAUAAUGUAGUGACAAGCACGGUGACAUCCCAGAUGGCCAAACUCGCUGGCCUGAGCAACUUACACCGAUUCUUCGUCCCGGGAUAUGACAACUUCAAGGCGCAGGACCCGGAGUUCAGUACCGCAGACCUGUAUGUGGACCUUUUUAUGAACGGUCAGCAGCCACUUUCCGCCAGACUGCCCACCAUGGCGACCGUCACUCAGGACGCUGAGCUCAUGACGACGUACCGAGCCGCCGUGCCGGUGGUUGCGGGCGGCAAGUUCCUUGCCUUCCGGGAUGGAUCGUUGCAUCCAGCUCUGGUCAGCCAGGGCGAGGAUGGUUACUUUGUGUUCUUCAACCUGCCCGACUCGAUUGUGGACUUUGAGCUGCGGCAAUACGAUGACAAGACCUCCUUUGUGUUCUCUACCUGGGCCUCGGACGACACAUGCGGGAUACAUCUUUUCCAUAGCCUGACUGCCGAUGAACUGUCGGCGCCUCCUAAGUCCAAGACCUUUCAUGGCACUGUCUCAAAGCCCAAACAGCUGUUCUUGAGUGAGAUUGUCGAUGAUGAUUCUCUACCGUCCCUUUUUAUCUCCUGCGCCCGCCCCGGAAGGCCGGAUGAGGUGGUUCUGCGGCCGGUCAUGGCCAACCAGAGCGACCAUAGCUUGAGGUCGAACGAUGACUGGGCUCUGCGCGGGAACAUCACAGAUAUCCUCGCUGUCACGGUUGGCGUCACCGAAUUUGGGAAAGGAGUCUUUGUGCUUUACAACAGCCAUGAAGAGCAGAAGCGGUUCCUCCAAUUUCGCAACGACGUAGCGGACGGCGUUGAUCAAUUUCCCGUGGACUUUCCCGUUCAUCCAAAGGCUACGUGCCUGGCGACGUAUAACAAUCCAGAAACCGAUUACUCGGCACUGAUUCUUGCUGGGGAGGAGAUCUCUCUGUACGUGGAUAAACAGUACCUGACGCAUGCCGCCAAACCGACAGCCACCGUGCCCGGCCCGCUGGGCGUUACCUCGAUCCAUGUCUCCCAAAAGGACGAUCAGCUCAGCAUCUGGUAUACUAAUGACGUUGAGGCCGCCUAUUAUUAUAACACCACCCACAGGCACUUUGCGGACGGGGAGGCCAUCCAAUUUCUGCCCGGCCAUGCCGGCCGCACGGUCUCGGGGAUGCUGUGGGAGCACACUGAGCAACAGACCCUGGUGCAGACGCUGACCACCACGAACGAUGAUGGGCUCUUCACAGUUUGGCAACAGACUCAGACCACAGGGUACUGGGAUGAACAGCCCUUUCACGUUGAUGCGCCGGCAGAAGCCACACCCACAGACGCCUUCGUGAUCCGGCUCCAGGCCCAAAACCCGGCGGAUCCCUCGAUUGUCCAUCGAUGCCAGAUGCAGGUCACCACUGCGGACCUGUUGCAGUGCUAUUGCAACGGGAAGUCGUCAGUGAUUGGCCCCGUCGCCUCCUGGCACCAGGCGGAUGAGAACGGGGUCCUCAACAUCGUCAUCCCCACGAGCAAGAUCACCUGCGGAAACGUGAAUGUGACCGCGCUUCGUCCAAGCAACGGUGGAGGCAGCAUUCCAAUUUCCACGGGCCCCUUGCGACCUUCCUCCAAAGUGCUGAUGAAGUUGAACGCCCUCCAAACCGGGCAGGACAUUCUCAACGCAAAGACCCAACUGGGAAGGCCCCUGGUCUCCCCGGGCUCCCUGACGUUGGAGCGGGCAGAGGAAAUCGCUCUGGCGCUUUCAAAGUUACAGGAAGCCGCUGUAAACUUUGCCACUCAAGAGUCUGCCUCCAUCGGUCCACUUGCGGCCGCCCGCCGGCCUCCAGUCGGUAAGUUCGGCUGGUUCCGUAACCUGUGGAAUAAGGUUGUCGGCUGGGGCCACAAGGCAAUUCACCAGAUCAAAGUCUGGGUGGAGAAGGUGGACGAGAUGAUUCCGAACGGACCGUGGAAGAUCGUAUUCCACUUCUUCGAGGAGCCAGUGGAAAUCCUGCUGGAUGGCUUUGAUGCCGUCUUGAUAGCAAUGGAUUUCGUCAUGAACCUCCUCCAGACUGCCUGGGAUUUGGCCUGGUUCGAUUCCGGCUUCGACUGGGCGGCUGAGAAGAUUGACGAUUUGGAUCACCUAGUCGACAACUACUGCCAGGAACUUUCCAACCGGGUCAAACAUGUGCCGACCAUUGAUUCCGUAUCCAUGAAGUCAGUGACCGACGGGGCAAACCCGCAGGUGACCGAGCUCCAAAACAGCGUGAAAUACGACUGGGAAUUCAAUAUCUUGCUGUACGGUGCGGAUGGCGAUUCAUUUUCCGGGGCAUCAUUAUCAGCCGACGCAAUCCAUCCUGGUGAUGUGGGUAAUAUGAGUGCCGUGGGAGAUGCCUAUGAGCUCAUCAAAAAGCUCCUCAAAGACGUCCAAGGUACCUUGCAGGAUAUAUUUGGAGAUGUGACGCAAUGGUUCUCGACUGACAUGAGCAUCACCGAGAUCUUCAAGCGUCUGGGUGCCGAUCUCUUGGACGGCAUCGUGCAUGUGGCAGCGGACCUCGCCCAUGCCCUUCUGAAAGCGAUUAAAGGCUCACCACGCUGCACAGCUGGGCAGAUAAAGAGCUGCAAGCUUCUCACCAAAGCUGCUCCUCCCGACCUCACCUCUCUCACCAAGGAUUCUUGGAAUAACCAUAUCUCCCAUGGCCCCUCCGCAUCAUCCACUAUCCUCGCCGUCGAUGCCACCGCCCUGACAUACUUUGGCAAUCUUUUGUCCAUGGUGUCCUCGGAUGUGAGCGGCUUGGCGAACGGGGUCGUCAGCGGCCUAGACGUCGUCAAAGCCGCAGCGGCGUUUGACAUCAUCCCAAAUGUGAACUUGUUCGAUCUCAUCAAACUGGUUGUGAAGUUCAUCACCAAGGUUCCUCCCUGGAGUACCCCUUGGGCUGAAUCUCGUAUGACGACGGAAUAUUGCCUUGUCUACGGUGUCGGCAUCGUGGACUAUGUCCUCCUAGGAAUCUGCAUGGGUGCCAGAGCGGGAACAGGAGUACCCCACGACGACAUGAGCUACUUCUCCUCCGCGGGAGCCGUAAGCUGUACGACUCUGACCCUGGCCCUGCGCGUCAUUAUCGGCGUGGAUGAGCUGGACUAUGCUGAGAAGUUUGCCAUCUUCCACUUCGUCGAGGCGGGCUUGUAG